CAACUCUGGUGACGUAGCUGGCGGGAAGACUCAAGCGCUGUGUGGUUUCCUUGUUCCAGCGCGGGAGAAUAUACAGAGAAUUUAAAUCGUCAAUACAUUGGAAAGAGAUGCCUGUUGAGAGAAAACCGAUGCGCUACGGUCACUCCGAAGGACAUACGGACGUGUGCUUCGACGAUACGGGAAAGUGUAUUGUUACCUGUGGGAGUGACGGAGAUGUGCGAAUAUGGGAAAGUCUCGACGAUGACGACCCCAAAUCUAUCAACGUUGGGGAGAAGGUCUAUUCUCUGGCUUUGAAGAAUGGGAAACUGGUCACAGCCGUGUCCAACAACACAGUCCAGAUCCACACCUUUCCUGAGGGGGACCCGGACGGGAUCCUCACCCGCUUCACCACCAACGCCAACCACGUGGCCUUCAACAGCAAUGGCUCCAGAGUGGCGGCUGGCUCCAGUGACUUCAUGGUGAAGGUUGUGGAGGUGGCAGACAGCAGCCAGCAGAAGACACUGCGAGGUCACGACGCCCCUGUCCUCAGCGUGACCUUUGACCCUAAGGACGAGUUCCUGGGCACUUCUAGUUGUGAUGGAUCUGUAGCUGUGUGGAAAAUUGAAGACCAGGUGCAAGUGAGCAGUUGGAAGAUUCUUCAGAAGUCCAACGAUGUCAGCAAUGCAAAGUCUCUAUGCAGAUUAGCAUGGCAGCCUGGCUCUGCAAAACUGUUGGCUGUUCCCGUGGACGCGACCGUGCAGCUGUAUGAGAGAGGCUCCUGGAGUCACGCGAGCACCCUCUCCGAUGACUUCAUCACCCAGCCCGUUAACGUGGUGGCCUGGUCUCCGUGUGGGAAGUUCCUCGCUGCUGGCACUGUAGGGGGAUUCUUGACCGUUUGGAAUGUGGAGACCAAGCUGUGUGUGGAGAGGGAGAAACAUGAGAAGGGUUACACAGUGUGUGGGUUGGCCUGGAAUCCUUCUGGGGCGCAGAUAGCCUACACUGACACGGAGGGCUGCCUGGGUCUCCUGGAUGGUGUGUUGGCCUCUUCCUCCUCCUCUUCCUCAUCCUCCGCAAAGAGCACCAGCAAGGUGGCGGCAAACAAGGAGGCGGGCGACUAUGACGACCUGUUUGACGGCGACGGCGACGACGGGGUCCUGGAGGAGAACCUGACCGAGGCCCGCUCGCCUGCGAAGAACCCUGUCGUCGAGGACGAUGACGACGAUGACCUCAUGCCUGCGACGGGCAGGCCUCGCCACCGGGCUUCUUUCCUUGACGACGAUGAAAACUCCCUAGACGUGGGUUCGGUGAAGCUGGGCUCGGACAAGUACGGAGACGAUGACAGGGCCAGCGCCGUUCUGCCGGGUGUGACGCCGGUCGUGCCCCGCCCCGUUUACGAGGGGCCCAUGCCCACGCCCCCACAAAAACCCUUUCAGCCGGGGUCCACCCCGGAGCACCUGAUGCAUCGUUUCAUGGUGUGGAACUCAGUGGGCAUCGUCCGCGGUUACAACGACGAGCAGGACAACGCCAUCGAUGUGGAGUUCCACGACAGCUCGGUCCACCACGCCAUGCACCUCACCAACUCCCUGGGUCACACGCUGGCGGACCUGUCCCAGGAGGCCGUGCUCCUGGCCUGCGAGGGCACCGACGAGCUCGCCAGCAAGCUGCAGUGUCUGCACUUCUCCUCCUGGGACACCAACAAGGAGUGGAUGGUGGACCUGCCGAAGGGGGAGGACGUGAGGGCUGUGUGUUUGGGGCAGGGCUGGGUGGCGGCGGCCACCAGCGCCCUGCUGGUGCGGGUCUUCUCCGUGGGCGGGGUCCAGAGGGAGGUGUUCUGCCUGCCUGGGCCUGUGGUCUGCAUGGCGGGACACGGAGAGCAGAUCCUGAUCGCCUACCUCAGAGGCACGGGCUUCGAUGGGGAUCAGGUCCUGGGGGUCCAGCUGCUGAAUUUCGGACGGAGGACGAGGCAGGUCAUCCACGGGGAGCCCCUCCCCCUCUCCCAAAAGUCCUACCUCUCCUGGAUGGGCUUUUCUGCUGAGGGCACGCCGUGCUUCGUGGACUCGGAGGGCGUGGUGCGAAUGCUGAACCGCUCCGUGGGGAACACGUGGACCCCGGUGUGCCACACGCGGGAGCACUGCAAGGGCAAGUCGGACCAUUACUGGGUGGUGGGCGUGCACGAGAACCCCCAGCAGCUCAGGUGCAUUCCCUGCAAGGGGGCGCGCUUCCCCCCCACGCUGCCCCGUCCCGCGGUGGCCAUCCUGCCCUUCAAGCUGCCUCUGUGCCAGACCACCACAGAAAAGGGCCAGAUGGAGGAGCAGUACUGGCGUUCUGUGCUCUUCCACAACCACUUUGACUUCCUGUCGUCCAGCGGAUAUGAGGUCAGCGAGGAGGUGCAGAGCCACACCCAGAAGGAGCAGCAGGAGCUGCUCAUGAAGAUGUUUGCGCUGUCGUGCAAGCUGGAGCGGGAGUUUCGCUGUGUGGAGCUGGCGGAGCUGAUGACCCAGAGCGUGGUGACGCUGGCCAUCCGCUACGCCUCCCGCUCGCGGCGCAUGGCCCUGGCGCAGCGGCUGGGCGAGCUGGCCAUGGAGAAGGCUGCCGCCCUGCAGGAGGAGGCGGAGCAGGAAGAGGAGGAGCCUGACUACGCCAGCGCCAGGCAAGCUGCGGGGCACCGCAGGGCAGCGGACGAGCGCGGCGAACGCCAGCAGUGGGGAAGGAGGCAGCCGCGCCAGGAAGAGGAAUGUGAGGAAGACGAUGGUCAGCAGCAGAUGGACGCCGAAGAGGAAGAGGCAGCGGAGAGCAGAAGGCCCUCUCUGAAUCCGUUUAACAAAGGGGCCGCCUCACCAGAGAAGUCAUCGCCAAAGCCUUCUAAUAAAGAAGGACGUGUAAACCCUUUCAAGGUGUCCGGCUCGGGGAAGCCCAACGGGUCGUCGUGGGGUCAGUCCCGGGUGAGCAACGUCCUGGACACCAUGACGCCGUCGGCCCGGAAGCCGUCUCUGAUGGCCGGCUCGAGGGCGAAGCAGGCCAGCGGUCCGGUUCUGAAGCCCCUGGCGCCGAAAGCCAAGUCCAAGACCCAGGCCACGCUGCUGCAGAUGACCGUCCCCAAAGCCGGCAGCAGGGGGCAGCAGAAGGAGCUGGCUGUAGAGAAGCAGAGUCUCACGGAUGGAGGAUCUCCAGCCCCUCCCACUGACAAUGGCGAGAACAGGAAACCAAAGACAGGCUUCCAGCUGUGGCUCGAGGAGAACCGCAAGGGCAUUCUGGCCGAUAAUCCUGACCUGGAUGAAACCGACGUCAUCAAGGAGGCUAUGGGUCGAUUCAGGGGCCUGUCUUCAGAGGACAGGCUGUCCUGGACAGAAAGGGCAAAAGGAGGACAGGCUUUAGAGGCGACAGAGUUGAAAAAAAGAAAAAGGGGGGAAGAGGAGAGCGAAGAAGGAAAGGACAGUGAAGCGAAUGCGCAAGAGAACAGUGCGAAGAAGAAAAAGGCCCUGGGCGCCACUGCUAAACUCUCAGCAUUUGCUUUCAGCAAAGACUGAGACAUGUAAAAACAAGUAUGUUGUUUUAGAUUUGUCUCUUGUGUACAUAUGGAAUCAAAUGUGUGUCAAAUUAAAUGUCUGGAGUGAAAUGGAUUUAACAGUUAAGAGAAGUUGUCACGUUAUACUUCAGUUUAAUGGUGGAUGUGCCGCGUCUGUCCUGGAGAUAUAUCGUCCUGUAGGUUUUCAUCCCAACCAUAACAAAGGACACCUCAUUCAACAGCUAGACGUCUGAUUGAGCUGCUAAUUAGUAGAACCUGGAGUGCCGUAUUGGGGUUGUAUUGAAAACCUACAGGAUGGUAGAUCUCCAGGAACAGGGCUGGUCUAGAUGACUAAUUUCAUCCACUGUAUUCUCAUGGAUUUUGAAUAACUGCUUGAUGACAUUAAAGAAAAAAUAUUCCAGACCACCUUCAAGGAGUCAUGUACUUUAGCAAAUGCUUAUGAUGGAAUGCUAAGAUUCACUUCCUUUGAGUGAUUCUUAUUUGACGUUGUUAAUGUUGACUGUUUGUGAAAUUUAUCUUUGCUUUAUAAUAAAUGUAUAUGUCGAUGUUGUU